CAAGGAAUAUACACUUUUCGGUAAGAAAUACAAACAUUUAAAAGAACAUGGAAUUAUUGGAAKACAUUAGUAAAGUUUACUAGGAGGUGCGUGACUUAUAUUCAUGCAAUAAUUACAAAUUCGAUGUCGAAUUAACAUGAAAACGUGUUUUGAAAUUGAAAGGAACUGCUCUGUGCCCUUAUGUAAACUUUAUCAGUUAUAAAUCCUUAAUUGUAUUUGUUGAGCCGACUUCGUUCGUCAGUUUCGAUCUCAAUUUCAUUCGUUUCCGCCCAUUGUUUGGUUCUGUUGAUCUAAGAUAGCGAAAGACGUGCUUGGUAAACUCUUGAAGAUCUUGUUCGCCUCUUUACAACGAGAGAAGAAAAAUGAGAUAUGAAUCAGUAUCUGCAUGAAGUCUGUAUUYAUUAUCGUCAUCAAUAGCCAGACUAACAACAGGUGCAGCGAAAUUCAUAAGAAUUGUCAUUACAUUUUGGCUCGAGUCUGUUGAUGUUUGGACUCGGUCUAUUUUUUGAACGGAGAAACGAUACUGUUACAACAGCUUCUGGAUAUUGCACAAUUUGUUGUGGAGCUGGUUUUCAUACUCAAGGCCCAUUUGAAAUAUUGAAGACUGCUUCCAACACAGAAAUUAACUGUAUUGCCCUAAUCAAGACUGUCUUUUCGGCUGAUAGAAGAGAAACCCAGGCCUAGAAGCACACGCUUACAGCUGCUUUGACGCGGGAAUUAUCGCUUCCUGAUUGACGUGGGAUAUAAUCUUCCUCGUCUUUUCAAGURAAAACCAUCUUAUACAAGGGACAUCACGUAUCGUCUUAUUGUGUGGUCAAGAUUAUUUUUUUUAUUGCCUUUAAGAUGUUUCCUGCAAACACAGCUAACACGACAACACGCUGUUAGGAAGACUAUAUUAGCUUCUGUUAUUAGAGCUUUCUGGUUAUUKUACAGUUAUAAUAUACUCAUCACACGGUAAAACUCGCAGCAAAGACAAUACUGAUAUUUGGAGAAGUUGUUGACGUUAAAGAACUCAAAACACCAAACAGGUGAUCUAACUUGAAUGAACUUGGUAGAUGUGGUAUUGGGCUUUCAUUUACUUUGCUAAACAUUGGUACUUCUUGAUGUAAAACAAUCAAACCACAGAAUUCAGUGCAAUUACUUCUGAAGAUUGAACUUCAAAGUUAUCGUUUCUCAUUAAUACUUCUCUCAAGGAAAAACGGAAAUGAAAUGCUGAUUAUUACCAUGUUUCUCCGUGCGUUUAAUUUCGGGAAUGAUUUUUGUUGACGUGUAGUGACAGAAGUACGGCCUGCUGGUGCAGGCUAAAAAGUUUAGUUGUUACUGCAGUUCAGCGUUGGCUUUGGGCCUUCAAAACACCAUUGUCGAUCAGUUUUUCUGACUUGGUGAAAAAUAAGUUACUCAACCGUGUAACUCUGGAUAUUCCUGGCAAAGGCAAUGAAGUAUCAAUAACGUUUGGUGAUAGAAUAUCAUUAUAUAAUCUUGCGGGAAAUUGUUUACAAAGUUUAAACAAGUGCACUUACAGUACAAAGGAAAUACGAAAGCGCAACUUAUCUGGAAUWUAGGAUAUAAUCACAUCUUGGUGAUAAUCUACAAAAUAACCCGCAUUUUGUUGAGAAUUGGUGGAUCAAAAUGAGGUGUUUCAACUGCAGAUUACUUUGCAGUCUCAGAAAGUUACUGAAAUUUAUAAUUCUAGCCAUCACCGUUUUAGUGAUGGUAAGCUGCAUUUUAAUUUUUUCCAAUGAGAAUUUGGCAACUACAAGAGCGCCGYYGACGCCGUUGACGCCGAUUGCACGAUCACAUGAUCAUAAAAUCCAUACAAAACUAAGAACUAAAAUUCCUUGCCCAGAAAAACUGCGAUUACURAUUCUAGUGUCAAGUAAUUUAGGGCAUUCAGAUCGCCGUACAUUAAUCCGUAAGACAUGGGGACCAGACAACUCACUACGCAUGCGCUGGAGAACAGUUUUUUUGUUGACAGAGAAUGACAACCAGAAAGAUAAAAAAAUCGCAGAGGUCGAGAGYGAUUUGUACGGUGACAUAGUCACAGGGGAGUACCAAGAAUCGUUCUUUAACAUGGCUUUUAAAGUUGCCAUGGGAUUCGAGUGGGCGCUGAAAUUUUGUAAGUUUGACUUCUUGCUGAAAGUUGACGAUGACAUAUUUGUGAAUACACAUGGGSUUCUAGACUACCUGGAUCUUAAAACAACAUUGCAAGAAAAACUUUACACUGGAAAUCCCAUGGUCGGUAGCCCUGUUUUACGUCAGGGCCGAUAUGCUGUGAAAUAUGUUUCGGACCAGACGCGUGAUGAUGCCACGAACUUAACUAUGUUUACCCCGUAUUCCAGUGGAGGUGGGAUUCUGCUAUCAAGCGACGUUGUAUCUUCUGUGCUGGACUUGUAUGAUUUAGUUCAUCCUUUGAACAUCGAUGAUGCUUAUAUUGGAGAGCUUGCGUCACGUGCCGGAGUAAAACUGUUAAUUAAUAACAAGAAUUUCAUGAUGUACGCUGUUCAUUGUAUGUACAAUCCUGAAGCGUUUGUCCAGCACCCAGCCAAGGGAMAAUGCCUGGAARAACUACACCGACAACAUGUUAAGUACUUACUGACUGGUGUACUGGARACUCCGAAACCAACGACCCGACSACCGACCAAGGCGCCAACAAAAGUGCAACYAAUUCCUAAAACRAACCCUCCAGUCCUUGCUAAAAAGACACCACMAGCAAUUCAACCAGUUACAAACGCAUCCCCGAUAAAGAAUCUUGUAAAURCRGCCGUAAAAACACCGCCGCCAACUGCUCGACCUCCGGCGAAUCCACCUGGAAAGGCCGCAGCAGKCCCUAAUAAGAAUACUGUAGCUGUUGCUCCUAGAUCACCAAGCCAAACACACUARCAGUUGCCAGACAAGUGCAAWGUUCGAMGAUAUAACAGAGGGCAGUUCUUGUGAAAAAU